CACACGGACUCAUCACAUCCAGUCACCGCGAGCGCUCACACACACAGAUACACACACUCAGAGGACGAUAUCUCAGCACAGACCAUGGCUGCUACACUGCUCGGGGAGGAGCCCCGGCUCGGCAGCGCUCCGCUGGCAAUGCUGGCCGCCACCUGCAGCAGAAUCGGUGAGCCCAGCCCCUCGUGCUCCCCUGCUCUUUCCGAUGGAGCCCCCGGACUGGUGAAGGGCUUUCACCCGUGGAGGAGAGGCGCUCCGGGGACCGGCAGCCUUGGUGCUAGCUUCACAUCUCUCGGUGUUCCCUCUGGAACCUCCAGGAGUAACGGGACCGGACUGACAGAGACCUCCAGCGCUUUCUCAGUGACCUCUGCCAACUCUCCUUUUGGAAAUGAUUUUUCGAUGUACCAGACUUCUGUGCCAUCAGACAACAGUGUUCCCGAUCCUGCGCACGCACAGCGGUCUGUGUUUCUGACCAAAUUCCCCUCCUCGGUAGAGGGCAUAACGGGGAUCUAUCCGAGGAUGCACGCACAUCCAUAUGAGUCGUGGUUUAAGCCAGUGGGAGACGUCAGUAACGGGUCCACUGCUUGGUGGGACAUGGGGACCGGCUGGGUGGACACACAGAGCCCGGCCGGGUUGCCCUCUCAUCUGAGCGGCUACAGCACUGACUACAGCCCGGCCUUCGGCCCCAGUGCCUCUCAGCACCUGCUUCCCGCCACACAGCACCUGUUUGACGGCUUCAGACCACCUGUCCAGGCUCCCUACACAGAGUCUACAACGACGGGUGCACCUGCGCUGACAGGAACCACCGUCGUUUCUCUACCAUCUUCCCGCUCCUCAUCACGGCGGUACUCCGGCAGGGCCACGUGCGACUGCCCGAACUGUCAGGAGGCGGAGAGCCUCGGCCAGGGGGGCACGAGCCCGCGGCGGAGGGGCUUACACAGCUGCCACAUCCCUGGUUGUGGUAAAGUCUACGGCAAGACCUCUCACCUGAAGGCCCACCUGCGCUGGCACACCGGAGAGAGGCCGUUUGUCUGCAACUGGCUCUUCUGCGGGAAACGCUUCACGCGCUCCGACGAGCUCCAGCGGCAUUUACGCACGCACACCGGGGAGAAGAGAUUCGAGUGUUCCAUUUGCCACAAACGGUUCAUGCGCUCCGACCACCUCAGCAAGCACGUGAGGACGCACAGCGCAGAGGGCUCGGAGGAUGGCGCGGAACCGGGACUCGCUAAAGGCAGCAGCGACACGGACAACAGCCUCUCCGGUAGCCCGAGCCAGUCACCCGGGGUGCACGUGCGUGAGACUGUCCAAACCACGGAGGGACAGCGUGCGGUGGAAUAAUUUACAAAGCUAAACACGAACAAAGCAACACGUGGAGUGUUUUCUUGGACACUUAAAAACUGAAAUGGCACUUUAUGAUGAACCUCAGCUGUGGAUGAACACUGUGUCUUUACCUCAAAUGUUAUUUGUAGCCUUCUUUAAAAAAUAAAUUUUUACUCUACAGUUUUA